AUCACCGUAGCCGUAGCCGCAAUCGCCACUUCCACCGUCCGAUUUCUCUCUCUCGUCCUGCUAUCCAUCUCUUCCACACUCCGAUCAACGACUCUCCGAUCCUCGAGUGAGUAAGAGCACGCUCCCGCCUUCUUCGCCACAUCUCCGCCAUCCGAUCAACUGUCUUUCUCGUCUCCUUUCUCCACAAAGUGAGCUGAGCCUGGCUCCGCCGUCGUUUGAGGUGAUCGCCGUCUAUAUUCUCUCUUGCCCUGCAACUUAGCUGUCGAAUGGUCUUACUCUGUCUUCUGCAUCUUCAAUUUAAUCCAUAGACAGAGGAACUCUCAUUCUUCACUCUCAAACAUGUUCUUCCGCAUAGUAUUGGAGCACAACAUGCAGCUGCAUUCGCGCCACAUCGGCCGCGACCACCGUGAGAACCUUGUUUCCAAGCUCAUGAAAGAAGUCGAGGGCACUUGCAGGAAAGACAGGAUUGGCAACAAUGUGGUGAGCUGCCUCAUUAUCACAGUAAAGAGGUGUGGAGCGAGAUUGGCGAAUACCAAAAUUGUGUAAUAAGUUGCGAAGCCAAAUGACCUCUUUAGUGGUAGAAGCCUAUGAGUACCGUGGGUCAUCAUGUAUUGAGAAAAAUUGUCAUCUCUAUGAGGAUCCACUAUUGCUUUGAACUUUUCUAAUGUAUCGAACAGGCAAAGGACCAAAAAAGUCAUUGUCGGAGA